CACCUGCCUGGCAGCUCUCCACCCACCCCCUCAGCCCUCAGGAGGCCAGUGCCCAGGGCCUGGGGCAGGGCACACGUGGAACAGGUUGAUGCUGUUCUCCCGGAAAUGAAGCAGGAGGAGGGAAUUGGGUCCCUAAAAGCCUCCAUCCCUGCCUCCAGAGGCAUAAAACAGCCUGUUCUGGCAAGGGACAGUCAUUCACUCAACCUAGAGACCGAGGGAACCUCGCACCAUCCCCGUACACCCAGCUGUGGACAGGACCCAGCACCACUCCCUGAGACAAUGACUAUGUUUGAAAAUGUCACCCGGGCCCUGGCCAGACAGCUCAACCCUCGGGGGGACCUGACACCCCUUGACAGCCUCAUCGACUUCAAACGCUUCCACCCCUUCUGCCUGGUGCUGAGGAAGAGGAAGAGCACGCUGUUCUGGGGGGCCCGAUACGUCCGCACUGACUAUACCCUCCUGGAUGUGCUGCAGCCUGGCAGCGCCCCUUCAGAUCCAACAGACUCCGGAAACUUUGGCUUUAAGAACAUGCUAGACGCCCGAGUGGAGGGAGAGGUGGAUGUGCCAAAGACGGUGAAGGUGACAGGGACGGCGGGGCUGUCACGGAACAGCACCUUGGAGGUGCAAACGCUCAGUGUGGCACCCAAGGCCCUGGAGGCCUUACAUGAGGAGAGGAAGCUGGCAGCAGACCACCCAUUCCUGAAGGAGAUGCGAGACCGGGGAGAGAACCUGUACGUGGUGAUGGAGGUGGUGGAGACGGUGCAGGAGGUCACGCUGGAGAGAGCCGGCAAGGCAGAGGGCUGCUUCUCCCUCCCCUUCUUCGCCCCACUGGGGCUCCAGGGAUCUGUGAACCACAAGGAGGCUGUCACCAUACCCAAGGGCUGUGUCCUGGCCUUCCGAGUACGACAGCUGAUGGUCAACGGCAGAGAUGAGUGGGACAUUCCACACAUCUGCAAUGACAGCAUGCAGACCUUCCCUCCCGGGGAAAUGCCAGAAGAGAAGUUCACACUUAUCCAGGCAUCUGAUGUCGGAGAGGCACACGAGGACUUCAAGACCCUCAAAGAAGAGGUUCAAAGAGAGACCCAUGAAGUGGAGAAGCUGAGCCGAGAAGGACAAAGCUCCCUGCUCAGCUCCCUCAGCAAACUUCUAGGGAAGAAAAAGGAGUUGCAAGACCUGGAGCUCAUGCUUGAAGGGGCUCUAGACAAAGGACACGAAGUGACACUAGAGGCACUCCCAAAAGAUGUCUUACUGUCCAAGGAGGCUAUGGGUGCCGUCCUCUAUUUCCUUGGGGCCCUCACAGUGCUAAGUGAAGCCCAACAGAAACUACUGGUAAAAUCCAUGGAGAAAAAGAUCCUACCGGUGCAGCUGAAGCUGGUGGAGAGUGCAAUGGAGCAAAACUUCCUGCAGGAUAAAGAGGGUGUCUUCCCCUUGCGGCCUGAAUUGCUGUCCUCCCUUGGGGAAGAGGAUCUGACCCUCACCGAGGCCCUGGUGGGGCUGAGUGGCCUGGAAGUGCAGAGGUCGGGCCCCCAGUACAUGUGGGAUCCGGACACCCUCCCCCACCUCUGUGCCCUGUAUGCUGGCCUCUCCCUUCUGCAGCUGCUGACCAAGGCCUCCUAAGUGCCACUCCUUCCCUAACGCCUUCCCAACCUCAGCAUGCUGUGUCCUGACACCCAAGAGCAUCUCAGAGCCACCAGACUGAGGAAGACUAAACUUGUUGCUCACCCGCAAUAGGCAGUUUCCACCUGCUCUCCAGCACCACCACCUACCAAGCCCAUGUUUGGAUGCUGAAAUCCUAUAGAAGUAGAAGCACUUAGACUUCGUCAACUCCGAGCAGUUUCAACCAGAGCAUCCCAUAUCAGAGUGCCAAUUCGAGCAGCUCCCUGCUUCCAAUCCAGCUCCCUGCUAAUAUGUCCAGGAAGACAACAGAAGAUGACUCAAAUACUUGGGUCCUUACCAACCAGUUGGGAAACCAGGAUGGAGUUCUUGGCCCAACCCAGGCUGCUGUGGCUACUGAAGGAGUGAACUGAUGGAAGAU